GUCCAGGGGCGCGGCACGCAGGCGGCCGCUGUCGCCGACGCCCGGGCCAGCCUGCGCAGGACGCGGGCCAGGAUGGCCUCUCUCACGGCAUACGACAAAGAUAUAAGCAGUGGGAGUUAUAACCUUUCCUCUGCAACGACUGGCAGCUACUACAGUUGUGUCAGCCAGGUCACCAUAGGUUACGAUGUUGCAGGGCCUGUUGCGAUCGGGCUCACCCACUGGAAAAACCCCUACGCACAAGGCAGACCCACCCUCCCAUCAGAGCUGCCUCUCUUCAUCUCCAAAGAUGCAGGCGUCCCAGUGUAUCACCGCUCCCUUGCUCGCAGGACUGAGCUGGCCACGCCUCUGUCUUGCCCAGCCUCACUGUCCAUCACUCCAGUGCCUUCGUAUAGCAGCAGCAGCCAGGAGACCCUGAGCCAGGACACUGCAGGUUUAAGUUUAUCUAUUCAUGGGGCUGAAAAGCGUUUGCAAAUCCACCAACGGCGAAGUGUGGCAAGCCGCCCAGGGUCACGCCGCCUGCCCGUGGUCAGGCAUUCCUCACUUCCACCAGGCAGAAGGUCAGUAAAAAUGGAGACGAGCUCUUCUGGAGUCACUAAUGGGAGAACCAGAGUCUUCCACCCAGAAGGAGGUGUGGAUUUGCAAAGCUACCAGCUGGAUAUGCAAAUACUACCUGACGGGCCAAGGAGUGAUGUGGACUUUUCAGAGAUUCUUAAUGCAAUACAAGAAAUGGCCAAGGAUGUCAAUAUUCUUUUUGAUGAAUUAGAAGCUGUCAACAGUCCUUGCAAAGAUGACGACUCUCUCCUUCACCCUGGAAAUCUUACCAGUACUUCAGAUGAUGCUAGCAGGUUGGAAGCCGGGGGAGAGACAGUACCAGAAAAAAACAAAUUAAAUGGCCUUUACUUCAGAGACGGAAAAUGUCGAAUUGACUACAUUCUCGUGUACAGAAAAUCCAACCCCCAGAUGGAAAAGAGAGAAGUAUUUGAAAGAAACAUUAGAGCAGAAGGAUUACAAAUGGAGAAAGAGUCCUCUCUGAUAAAUAGUGACAUUAUCUUUGUGAAGUUGCAUGCCCCAUGGGAAGUGCUUGGAAGAUACGCAGAACAAAUGAAUGUAAGAAUGCCUUUCAGGAGAAAAAUCUAUUACCUGCCCCGCCGGUACAAGUUCAUGAGCAGGAUCGAUAAACAAAUAAGCAGGUUUCGGAGAUGGUUACCUAAGAAGCCAAUGAGGCUGGACAAGGAGACACUGCCAGACCUGGAGGAGAAUGACUGCUACACUGCCCCUUUCAGCCAGCAAAGGAUCCAUCACUUCAUCAUACACAACAAAGACACUUUCUUCAACAAUGCCACAAGAAGUAGAAUUGUACAUCAUAUUUUACAAAGAAUAAAGUAUGAAGAAGGAAAAAACAAAAUUGGUCUGAAUCGUUUGCUUACUAAUGGCUCCUAUGAAGCUGCAUUUCCUCUGCAUGAGGGAAGUUACAGAAGUAAAAACUCCAUUAGAACCCACGGAGCGGUAAACCACCGACAUCUGCUCUAUGAGUGCUGGGCGUCCUGGGGUGUGUGGUAUAAAUACCAGCCUUUGGAUCUUGUAAGGCGGUACUUUGGAGAGAAGAUUGGGUUGUAUUUUGCCUGGUUGGGCUGGUACACCGGUAUGCUCUUCCCAGCUGCCUUCAUUGGACUGUUUGUCUUUUUGUAUGGCGUCAUCACUCUGGAUCACUGCCAAGUCAGUAAAGAAGUCUGCCAAGCUACAGAUAUCAUCAUGUGUCCUGUGUGUGAUAAAUACUGUCCAUUCAUGAGGCUGUCAGACAGCUGCGUUUAUGCCAAGGUGACCCACCUCUUUGACAAUGGCGCCACUGUUUUCUUUGCUGUUUUCAUGGCGGUCUGGGCGACAGUUUUUCUGGAGUUUUGGAAAAGACGGAGAGCAGUAAUUGCUUAUGACUGGGAUUUGAUAGACUGGGAAGAAGAGGAGGAAGAAAUACGGCCCCAGUUUGAAGCCAAGUAUUCCAAGAAAGAACGGAUGAAUCCCAUUUCAGGCAAGCCAGAACCAUAUCAAGCAUUUGCAGAUAAAUGCAGCCGACUUAUUGUUUCUGCAUCUGGAAUAUUUUUUAUGAUCUGCGUGGUGAUCGCCGCUGUGUUCGGGAUCGUCAUUUACAGGGUGGUGACCGUCAGCACUUUUGCAGCCUUUAAGUGGGCGUUAAUCAGGAAUAAUUCUCAGGUUGCAACCACAGGAACUGCUGUGUGCAUCAAUUUCUGCAUCAUUAUGCUGCUGAACGUGCUCUAUGAAAAGGUUGCUCUUCUUCUGACAAAUUUAGAACAGCCUCGCACAGAGUCCGAGUGGGAGAACAGCUUCACCCUGAAAAUGUUUCUUUUUCAGUUCGUCAAUCUGAACAGCUCCACGUUUUACAUCGCGUUCUUCCUCGGGAGAUUCACAGGACACCCAGGUGCCUACCUGAGGCUGAUAAACAGGUGGAGACUAGAAGAGUGCCACCCUAGUGGAUGCCUUAUUGAUCUCUGUAUGCAAAUGGGUAUUAUAAUGGUGCUAAAGCAGACCUGGAAUAAUUUCAUGGAACUUGGCUACCCGUUAAUUCAGAAUUGGUGGACUAGAAGAAAAGUACGACAAGAACAUGGGCCUGAAAGGAAAAUAAGUUUCCCACAAUGGGAAAAGGACUACAAUCUUCAGCCGAUGAAUGCCUAUGGACUCUUUGAUGAAUACUUAGAAAUGAUUCUUCAGUUUGGAUUUACAACUAUCUUUGUGGCAGCUUUUCCCCUAGCACCACUUCUGGCCUUACUGAAUAAUAUAAUUGAAAUUCGACUUGACGCUUAUAAAUUUGUCACACAGUGGAGGCGACCUUUAGCUUCAAGGGCCAAAGAUAUAGGAAUUUGGUAUGGGAUUCUUGAAGGCAUUGGAAUUCUCUCCGUUAUUACAAAUGCAUUUGUCAUAGCGAUCACAUCUGACUUCAUCCCUCGCUUGGUAUAUGCUUAUAAGUAUGGACCCUGUGCAGGCCAAGGAGAAGCUGGGCAAAAGUGCAUGGUUGGCUACGUUAAUGCCAGCUUGUCUGUAUUCCGAAUUUCUGACUUUGAGAACAGAUCUGAACCUGAGUCUGAUGGCAGUGAGUUCUCGGGGACUCCUCUCAAGUACUGUAGGUACCGGGACUACCGUGACCCUCCUCAUUCCCUGGCGCCCUACGGCUACACGCUCCAGUUCUGGCACGUCUUAGCAGCCCGACUGGCUUUUAUCAUUGUGUUCGAGCACCUCGUGUUUUGUAUAAAGCACCUCAUUUCAUAUCUGAUCCCAGACCUCCCAAAAGAUCUAAGGGAUCGAAUGAGAAGAGAGAAGUACUUGAUUCAGGAGAUGAUGUAUGAAGCAGAACUGGAGCGUCUCCAGAAGGAACGAAAGGAGAGGAAGAAAAAUGGAAAAGCACACCACAAUGAGUGGCCGUGACCAGGUCGGUGAGAGAUAAUCGUUUAUUUCCAGGCCUAGGACCUGAAUUCUUGUUUACUUCUCCCGGCUGUGCAAAAGCACAUUCAAGUGAAUGACUAUAAUGCAACCGCAGUGCAUGUCGCCGAGGUCGGCAGCGGCAGAGGGGUCAGCACCCUGAAAGGACUGCCUGGGAAGCCACGCUGCUGUGAAGUCACAUUGCAGCCCAGCACACAAAUGCUUUCUAGCCACAGACCAUUCCUGACCAAGCAAGCAUGCACAUCAUGGGCAGUACAUUCUCAAGUUUUUAAAACCAAGGGGAACUUGUAUACUGGGCCUGUUUUUCAGCCUGUUUGCUAUCUUUUUGCAUUCUAACCCAUGUGAAUUUUACAGACACUGGGCUAUAAAGGGUAUUCGGACACCUGGACACAUUCCUAGAAUGUCAUCAUAUGGUCCUAAUUCCAUGUCAUCAAACAACACAAACAAGACCCUGUUUACAACUUUUUCUUUUUUUAAUUUCAGAUCUUUCUGAGGAGAUUAUUAUAUAUGACAUAUCUAUAGCUAUGUGUAUGGCCAUAGAUGUAUUUCUGUGUGUACAUAUGUAUAGUCAUAUAUUCUUACAUAUGUACAUACAAAUACAGAGAUAUAUAAAGUACAUAGAACUUCCUUAAUUGUAAAUAGCCAAAAGGUACUGACAUGAAUGAUGGAUUUUCACAUUUAAAUAGUCAUCAA